AUGUGGACUCAGGUACAUGUACGAGAAGCGGUAGUCAUCUUGGAUGCAACACAAGGCCCGGCAUUCUUGACAGGAGAUGUGCAAUAUCGCCAGGACGAGGUCCUGCACAUGGCUGAGAUCUUCAGUGGAGGGUUUGCAGGCUGGACUCAGGCGGGAUGGGUUCUUCAGGAGGCACGGUGCCCAGUCCGUACGGACUGGCUUCUGGAUAUAGAAGAGGCAGUGCAAGCUUCGCUGGAGACUUUGAUGCCUCAAUUAGAGACUGUAAGAACUGCCCCUGAGUUGCCAGAUGGGACUGAUUUUGCUACUCCUAUUUUCCUGUCUGCAAAUGUGGAGCACACAUGGUGGCAUGGCAUUUGGUCUCUCGGACCACCUGACAUUGUCACCCUGUCCCCGCCUUGCCAGCCCUGGAGUGCAGCUGGCCAACAAGGAGGCCUUUCUACUGCGGAUGGUAGGUUGCUGCUACUGCUUGCAGAUAUUAUGUCGGCUAUCCAGACCCCGGUGGUCUGCCUCGAGGAAGUCGCUGGCUUCCUUUCGCAUCAGGACUAUGCACAGGUCAUGCGGGCUUGGGAGUCAGCGGGAUACCACUGCAUUUAUAAUCAGUCCUUGCAGCUUGCGGAAGUGGCAUCCACGCUCCGAUUCUUUGCUGGCCCGGAGAUAGCCUCGUGUCACGGUGCGCAACGGCGCCUGCUGAUGGAUAAAGAUGACGAGCGCAACAUGCUCACAUUGGGUAAUGCGCUGGCCGUCCCGCAGGCCGUCUUGACUUUGGCGCACGCGGUCAAAGGGGUCUUUCCUACCAGAGCCGUGUGCCCCGUUGCGGCUGUCGACUGUUGCAUUGCGCACCGCAUGACCUCUGUCAACAGUGUUCUUUUGAAGGUUCGCGCAGGCUGGUUGUUACUUCGACGGGACGAGAUGGGUGCGGUUCUGGCUGAUGAGAGCCUUAGAAAUGAAAUCCAGGGUUUGCUGCGGAGCCGCCGCAUGAUCUUCCACAAACUGGCCCUUCAUGGCCCAGCAGAUGCAGAUGCAGCCGCCGAGCUUGCCGUCAGAUUCUCGUGCCACAUUCCUGUGCCACAGGUUGAGGUUGAGGCGGCCCCAGCUGUUGCCCUCUGUGCUGCACCGGUGGUUAGUCAGCCAGACUUGUACCACCAGCUCAAGUUUGCUUUUGAUCUGAGCCGAAACCCUGACUCUCCUGCCGUUGCCUGCCUGACUUGUUAUGGGGACAGACUCCAUGAUGUGUCCCACUUCCCUUUGCUUGUCAUUGUGGCAGCAGCUGCACAAGACCUGUUCUUCCCGGCACCUUCUUUUGCCCAGGAAGAUGUCGAAAACUGUUCCCUCGUCCAGACUGAGGAAGGUUUCGAGCUGGUCGUCUCCCCCACUAGUGCAGAGGAGUGGUUCCUGCAGGCGCCGUACCACCUGUUUGAAAGCUUUGGGUGGAGUUUGGCGUGCCAAGGCCCCGUCGCGGAUGAGAGCACGCCCCUGUGCUUCCAGUUGUGUCUGGACCAUAGCCAGACCUGCCUUCCAGCGUCCGCGGUACCCGGGUACCUGCGUGAGUUGCUGUUCUUGGCCCAGCUGCGUUACCAUGCCAAGGCUGCCGAUGCUAGUGCGCAGGCCAAGGCCACCUUCGUACUGCAGGUUGGCACACGCACCAUUGCUCAGCUAGCUCUGCCAGAGCAUCUCCGCCCGAGAGACCUGGAGGGGGCGUGGACCUCUGCCAGCCAUGCCGCGGGUUGUUGGCCAGGUGCGCGAAUCUUCUCCGGUCCCCGGCCGCUUGAAUAUGACGCCACACUUGCUACCUUGCGCGCGGCAGCAUCUCUCCAUGUGCAGAGGGCCUCUGGAUUUGCGGUGUUGUGCAUUGCCACCGAGACACGCGGAGGCGGUGUUAAGGAUGAGAAUGUUCAGCUUGCUAAGUCCAAGGUUGCUGCAUUGCUCCUGGACCGGGGUGUGCCGCUUUCAGAUGCCUCUCAGGCCACUGAGUCCCUUGUGCCUGCCGUCGGGGCUACCACCUGCCUCCACGCUCUUGCUGCUCAGGACCCCACAAAGCAGUGGCACCAACUUUCUCGGAGUGCAGCAGCAGUGGGUCGCCCGCUUCCGGAGGGCGACAGCCGUGCCGAACGAGCGGCGCAGCGGCUCCAAAAGGCUGUCCGGAAGAAAAAGCUUGCUCAGGCUGCGUCGGUAAAUGCCGCUGACUUCCAGCUUGACCCAGACACUUGGCACGGCAUUGAUGAUAAUCCUGUCCCGAUCCUCACUGAGAUCCGACCGGCAUGCAAUGGUGCCAUCCUGAUGGACCCCCAGCAGGCCAACCCACAGGAUAUUGCAUUGCUCCGCAAUAUGGGGUCUGAUGCCCUCUGCAUCGUUCUCCCGGGACAUACUUGCCCAGACCCCGACACCUGCUCCGGGGCUGUCAGUGUCCCGGUCAUACACAAAGAAAGUGGACAGCGUCACUUGCUGGCAGCCUGUUACCACAAUGUGGGUGAAACGGAGGUGCGCCCCCACUUUGCUCAUGGCACCAAAGUUGUUUUCGAUGGGACGGUGUGCUGCUCCUUUACAAUGCACGCAGAUGAAGCGCAGCCGGCGCGCGUCUGGCAGGAUGCAAUCAAGGCGCCAGUGCGUACUGUUGUGGACUUGUUCAGGGGCCGAGGUGUCCAGCAGGCUCUCUCCAACCCUUGGGGGCGCAGCUUUCGCGCAGGCGGCAAGGCAUGCCAACCUCAGGCUGCGGAUUCUUUUCAGUUCUUUGCUAAGGUCUUUCGCUCAGACCUCCGUGCCGUGCUGCAGCAGAGCGGCUUCAAUGGUGUGUAUGUCGUCCCCCGUGGAUGGGACAGACAGCUGCUGCCGGGUUGGUCAGUGGUCUGGAUGCCGGGGGCAAAGGCAGAUGUCGAAAAACAAGCACUCCUUGUUCCGGAACAACAUGGGCUGGUCCGCAGCCGGAGUAAGUUUGGCCUCCGUGUGCCUACUGAUGCCUUUGCCCGAAUCUUUGAGCAGCUCCGUCCCGGCACAAAGGCGCCUGAGGCUUUAGAGGUUCGCGGCCUGUACAAAACUGGUCCGUUCCCCCACGCAGUGAGUGCAGAGGAUGUUCAGGAUUGGGCACGCCAGCUCGCAUGGCCCGUGCGUGUUGUCAAGGCGCUGGGGCCGCAAUUCUGGCUACUGGGUGCGCCCACAGAUCCGCCAGCUGCCACGGCACUCUUCAAUGCACAGCCAGUCUUGAUCAAGCAGGUGCAAAACCGCGAUGCUGCCCCCCCGGUCCUGCAGGCAGGUGGCCCAGUGCCGGCCCAAACCCGUCGUGCCACUGCACAAACGGACGCUGAAGUUGACCCGUGGCUACACAGUGAUCCCUGGAGCAGUUACCGCGCAGGCUCUUCUGCUGCAGUGAGCAAACCAAGCCUGCAGCCCGCCCGCACGGCUGAUCAGCAGCUUGCGGCACGUGUGCACCAACAAGAAACCAAGCUGGCGCAGCUUGAGCAAAGUAUACAGACUCUCAGGGAUGAGCAAAUUGUCUGCAAACAGGCCCAGGCCGCCGACGCCGCGGAGGUCCGCCAAGAAUUUCAAGUUGUCCGACAGGAGUUUCAGGGCCUUGGACAGGGUCUGCAACAGCAGUUCCAAGCCGGACUUGACAGCCUGCAGUCUGCCCAGCAGCAGCAGAGUAACCAGGUUGCAGCGGGUAUGGCUGAGCUCAAAGCCUUGCUGGUCGCUUCCCAGGAGAACAAGAAGCAGCGUUGUAACGACCCUGAACUGUGA